AUGCCUCUCUUCAGCAACACCUUCAGCCCGAAGAAGACCCCCCCCAGGAAAUGUGCCUCUCUCUCUAACCUGCACUUGCUGGAUAGAUCAACCCGUGAGAUUGAGCUGGGCCUGGAGUACGGCAGUCCCACCAUGAACCUCACUGGCCAGAGCCUCAAGUUUGAAAAUGGCCAGUGGGUGGCAGAAUCAGGAAGCAUCACGGGAGACCGCAGGGAAAUGCUGCGCUUGCGCAAACGAAACCAGCAGCUGGAGGAAGAAAACAACCUCCUUCGGCUAAAAGUGGAUAUUCUGCUGGACAUG